AUGAUGCAAAUUGAUCCCUCUGGUGAAGUGUCACCCGAAAUUCUCAAGGACGGGGCGCAACAGGACAAGGGUGAACAUGCACGAAUGCAGUAUUUUGUCGGAGCAAUUGCAGUUGGAGAUAUGGUAAAAUCUACGCUAGGGCCUAAGGGUUUAGAUAAAAUCCUACAACCUAUGAAAAUGGAAGGCAGACCUGCAGGGCCAAAUGUAGUGACCAAUGAUGGAGCCACUAUACUUAAGUCUGUAUGGCUUAACAACCCCGCGGCCAAGAUACUAGUUGAUAUAUCAAUGCAACAAGAUAAAAUUUGCGGUGAUGGCACCACAGGUGUUGUAGUUUUAGCAUCUGAAUUACUAAGAGAAGCGGAGAUUCUUAUUGAAAAGAAGAUUCAUCCUCAGACAAUAUGUUCUGGGUAUAGAACAGCAACAAAAAUAGCUCGUAAAAUGCUUGAAAAAAUUUCAGUAGACCACCGUAAUGAUUUUAAACAAUUUGAGAAAGAUCUUAUUAAUGUAGCAAAAACUACAUUAUCAUCUAAAUUGCUCAGGACUGAGAAGGCUCACUUUGCAGAUUUGGCUGUCAAGGCAAUAAUGCGUGUAUUUGAAGAGACAAAGUCUCUAACACUUGAUAAUACUAAUAUAAAACCCAAAGUAGACUUAUCACUAAUCCAAAUUAUUAAAAAACCUGGAGCUGUUUUGAGAGAAUCGUGGUUGGAGGAAGGUUUUAUACUCGAGAAACAAAUAGGUACAGGACAACCAAAGUCAAUGAGUAAUUGCAAAGUACUAGUAUCUAAUACUCCUAUGGACGCUGAUAAAGUAAAGAUUUAUGGAGCUAAAGUUACCGUUGACAGUUUCAGUGCUGUUAAAGCCAUAGAGGAUGCUGAGCGAGAGAAGAUGAAGGAAAAGGUAGAUAAGAUAUUAAAGCAUGGUUGCAAUGUAUUCAUCAACCGUCAACUCAUUUACAAUUAUCCGGAACAAUUGUUUAAUGAUGCAGGAAUAAUUAGUAUUGAGCACUCUGAUUUUGACGGUAUGGAGAGAUUAGCUGCUUGUUUAGGCGGUGACAUAAUAUCUACAUUUGACAACCCGGAAACCGCAGUUUUGGGCUAUUGCGAUAAAAUUGAUGAAAUAAUAAUAGGGGAGGAUAAGCUUAUUAGAUUUUCUGGGUGUAAAAAGAAGGGCGCUUGCACCAUUGUACUAAGGGGUGGCAGUACACAUAUAUUGGACGAAGCAGAAAGAUCACUACAUGAUGCACUAGCUAUUCUGGGUGAAACAAUUAGUGACGGAUUUAUCGUACCGGGUGGAGGAGCAUCUGAAAUGGCAAUGGCAUACGCAGUAGAAGAGGCAGCCAAAUCCGUUGAGGGAAAGGAAGGAUUUGCUGUAGAAUCAUUUGCAAAAGCCUUACGAAUGUUACCUACAUAUAUAUUGACAAACGCUGGAUUUGAUAGUGCAGACAUUAUCUGCAAGUUGAGGGCUGCUCAUAAUAGGGGCCAACAUACUACAGGUAUUGAUAUUGAAAAAUCUGACAUUGGCGAUAUGAUUAAGCUUGGUGUUUUUGAAUCAUACAAGUCUAAACUUUCACAAAUUUGUCUAGCUGCAGAGGCGGCUGAGAUGUUGAUUAGGGUUGAUAACAUCAUAAAAUGUGCGCCAAGGCAACGUAGUGGUAUGUAG